GUCAGGAACUUUCAGACUGACCUGAUGAGAGCUGAGGGAAUGAGCUUCAAUGCUCCCCAUCCUAUCUCCUGAAGGAAACACUGGACCGAGGAGAAAAUGUCCCACGAUUUGUCUUUUUGGACACAUGAAGCUCUGAGACCAAGGUUUUCAGGAUGCGGCGUCCUCGGUGGUUGCUAUGGGUGUGUGUGUGGUUGCUGAGCAUUGCGGAGGUUUGGACGGCGACCUUCAAGCUGGCUCUGGUUGGUCCGUGGUCAUGUGACCCCAUGUUCUCCCGGGCAAUGCCGACGGCAGCGGCCAACAUGGCGUUGUCGCGGUUACGGAGCGACGGUAGUCUGAGCAAAGGCUAUUGGUACGAUGUGAAACUACUGGACGAGGACUGCCUCGCCUCCAAAGCUCUGACAGAACUCGGGGAGAUGGAGGGUUAUGGCCAUGCCUACAUUGGCCCCUUUAACCCCGCCCUCUGUCACGCCGCGUCCUUAUUGACUCAGCACUGGGAGGCGGGGCUCGCCUCUCCGGGCUGUCUCGAUGCCAAUUGGCCGAACCUGCCGCCCAUCACUCCUCCCAGCAGAGUCCUGUUCACCGUGCUCAGGUUUUUCCGAUGGGCGCACGUCGGCAUCAUCACAGCUCCAUCCAACCUAUGGGAGAGCACUGGACAGGAAGUGGCCUCGGCGCUCCGGGCUAUGGGCCUGCCAAUUGGCCCGGUGGUUACCAUGGAAACAAGGCACAAAGUCGCGGCUCAGGAAGCGCUGGGAGCAAUCAGAGAGGCUGACAAGGUCAAAGUGGUGAUCAUGUGCAUGAGCUCUGUCCUGAUUGGUGGGGAGGAGCAGAGAGAACUCCUAUUGGCUGCUCUGGAGAUGGGGAUGGUUUCUGAUGGUUAUGUGUUCAUACCGUACGAUGCUCUACUGUACGCCAUGCCGUACCAGGACAUGGCGUUCCCUCAGCUGACCAACAACACACAGCUGCGUCACGCCUACAGCGCCGUCCUCACCGUUACCAUGGCUUCGGACCAGAGUUUCUACGAAGCUUUUCGUAAGGCUCAAAUCAGCCGAGAGAUCCGGUCUGUUGUCGCAGCAACAGAGGUGUCCCCAGUCUUUGGGACCAUCUUUAACAUGGUGUACUUCGUCGCCAAGGCCGUGGAGGAGCGUCGUCAGGCAGGAGGCGGGCGCUGGGUGAUGGGGGAACAGCUUGUCCAAUCAAAUGGAGGCUUUGAUUUCCAGGGUUUCAAUCAGGUGUUGUACGGCGGUAAAGAGGGGCGUGGCCUGCAGGCCAGGUACGUGGUGUUGGACAGCGAUGGCGACCGACUCGUGCCAACACACUCGCUGGCGCCAACGCACACGGACGGGACGGUCGGAGGGCUGAAGCCGCUGGGCCGCUCGUUCACCUUCCCCGGAGGAAAACCCCCCCAAAGCAGCUUCUGUUGGUUCAGUCCAGAGGAGGCCUGCAGUGGGGGUGUCGACACAGUGACGAUGUUCUUCAUCUUUCUGUUGCUCUGCGCUCUGAUUGGAGCAUUUUUCUACUGGAUCAGGAAGUACAGGAGAACAGCGAGCGUCACCAAGGUGAUGCUGACUCUGGAUGACAUCGUGUUCAUCGACACUCAAGUCAGCAAGAAGAAACUGAACGACGAGUCGAUCAUGAGGAGUCUUCUGGAGAUCAAAACUCCGUUUCGCUCGAUCGCUCGGAGUUACAUCCUGACGACGCCCGAGAGCUCCAACAUCGGAAUACUGGAGGGCGACUGGGUUUGGAUGAAAAAGAUCCACGUCGGAAAUGCGACGACGUCCGUCAAACAGAACACCCAGAGUCUGUUCAGCCACCUGCGGGAGAUGCGACACGAGAACCUGAACCUGUACCUGGGUCUGUUCCUGGACUCGGGGAUCUUCGCGCUGGUCGUCGAACACUGUCCCCGGGGAAGUCUGGCCGACCUGCUCGCCGACGGCGACAUGCGCCUGGACUGGAUGUUCAAGUCGUCGCUGCUCAUGGACCUCAUCAAGGGGAUGAAGUAUCUUCACCUACGAGGCUUGAGUCACGGUCGACUGAAGUCUACCAACUGUUUAGUCGACGGGCGGUUUGUCCUGAAAGUCACUGACUACGGCCUUCCCAUGAUCCUUCACUCUGAGAGCCUCGACCCUCCUGUGGACCCCCAGGAGUUGCUGUGGACAGCUCCGGAGCUUUUGAGGAACCCCGUCCGAGGAGGUUCGAUCGCAGGCGACGUCUUCAGUUUCUCCAUCAUCAUACAGGAAGUGAUCUCACGGUCGCUGCCGUACGCCAUGAUGGACAUGCCCGCCCACGAGAUCGUGGAGCGCCUGAAAAGCCCCCCGCCGCUCUGCAGACCGGUCGUUUCACUGGACGAAGCUCCGGCCGAGUGCCUCGGUCUGAUGACCCAAUGUUGGAACGAAGAUCCGAACAAGAGGCCGAGCUUCGACGACAUCUUCAAGCAGUUUCCGGGCAUCAACAGGGGGAAGAGGGCGAACAUCAUCGACUCCAUGCUGCGGAUGUUGGAGCAGUACAGCUCCAACCUGGAGGAUCUGAUCAGAGAGCGAACGGACGAACUGGAAGUCGAGAGGAACAAGACGGAGAAACUGAUUGGACAGCUCCUGCCCAAGUCCGUGGCUCAGGCUCUGAAGAAAGGGAAGCCAGUCCGACCUGAACAUUAUAGCGACUGCACUCUGUACUUCAGCGACAUUGUUGGAUUUACAACCAUCUCGGCCCUCAGCGAGCCCAUUGAGGUGGUUGACCUGCUGAACGACCUCUACACCAUGUUUGACGCCAUCAUUGCCAGCCAUGACGUCUACAAGGUAGAAACGAUCGGCGACGCCUACAUGGUGGCGUCGGGCGUUCCCAACAGGAACGGACACCAACACGCGGCUGAGGUGGCCAACAUGUCCCUGGACAUCCUGCACUCGAUCGGACACUUUAAGAUCAAGCACAUGCCCGAGAUUAAAGUGAAGAUACGCAUCGGACUGCACUCAGGUCCGUUGGUCGCAGGCGUGGUCGGUCUCAUGAUGCCCAGGUACUGUCUGUUCGGAGACACGGUGACCAUGGCGUCGAUAAUGGAAGCCUCCGGACUGCCCUACAGGAUCCACAUCAGUCUGAACACGGUGAAGGUCCUGACCAGCCUCAAACUGGGAUACCACUUCGACACCAGGAAGGCCCAGGUGAAAGGCACAGAGGACACGUAUUGGCUGAUGGGUCGAGACGGUUUCACUAAACCUCUUCCCGUUCCUCCGGACCUGUUGGGAGGGGCCAGUAACCAUGGCAUCAGUCUCGAUGAGAUUCCAGUUGAGAGGCGACAAAAGUUUCUGGACCGACAGAAGAAGAAUAAGAAAUGAUGCCAACACAUACACACACGCACACGCUCUCUCUCUCUACCUCAAGGACUUUUUUAUCAUUGGUCAGUGACACGAGUGACACCCUUCGCUCUGAUCGGUCACGUCAUCAGGCUUAUGUUGAACCAGUGUUUUCUGUGCCUCCUGUGGGUCCGAUGCGUCACAGUGGAAAGGAGAUAAAAAAAAAAGGGACAGAGCUCCGUCGCUGUCAAACAUGUCGUGAAAAUGUUCUUGCGUGGCUCGUCCCGACUCCCCAGGGCCCAAGGGGCAGGAAAGCCUGGAGCUGCUAACUUUAACUUUUAAUAGCUGAGUACAGUAGGAGUUAGCCAGCUAGUUGCUUUUAGCACACGCACGCACACAGCAUCAUAAAUUAAUCAGCAUCAUGGCUGCGGGGGGCCCCACAGAGACUGCUCAUGUAUAGGGCCCAGGAUUUGGUGCUACACCCCUGCGCGGGUCUAUAGAGUUCGGACGACCCACAGAGCCACAGUGGACACUCUCAUGGGGAGCACAUGACGACAUGCUGUACAGUACUGAACAGUCAGGAAGACUUUGACGCACCAUGGUUCACGCCCCCGACUGGACUGCUGGAGACUAAAUCAAUGAAUGGACACGGACCCUUUGACGAUCCACUUCUGAUGAUCAGUCGCUUGUUCAUCAGUGGGCUCUGACAGCACCUUUUGGUCACUGAAGGUGAUAAAAUAUGAAAUCCCUUUAUUCCCAUAUUUUUAUUUCCGAAGACAAAAAUUUUGGACGUUUAACCCGAUAAUCGCUGAAAUUUACACAAAACAAUUUAAUUACCUGUACAGUUAUUAUUGGUCUAAUGUUUAAAGUAUGAAUUAAAAGAAAUGUGCACAUUUAGGAUCCAAGGAAAUGUGUAAUAAUUUUUGUUUGUGUCUCUGGCUCUGUCCCUUUGAUUUAUUCAUAUAUCCUGAUGUUGUUUCUGUCAUGUGGCCAGUUAAUCAAUAAAAUGU